CACGUCGGCGUAGCAGUCAGAAAUCUCAGUUUACCUAAAGAGUAAAUUCGUAUUGAAUUAGCAAUGGAGACAUUAUACGGUGUACCUUUCGCUGUGUUGGAAUGUCCCAAUAUAAAACUCAAAAAGCCAUCAUGGCUGCACAUGCCGUCGGCUAUGACAGUCUAUGCGAUCGUUAUUGUAUCGUACUUUCUCAUCACUGGAGGCAUCAUCUACGAUGUCAUUGUGGAACCACCUAGUGUGGGGUCAAUGACCGAUGAACAUGGACACCAGCGGCCUGUCGCCUUUUUGGCAUACAGAGUGAAUGGCCAAUACAUCAUGGAAGGGUUGGCCUCCAGUUUCCUCUUCACCAUGGGAGGCUUGGGCUUCAUAAUCCUGGAUCGCUCGAAUGCCCCAAACAUCCCCAAACUCAACCGCUUCCUUCUGUUGUUCAUCGGUUUUGUCAGUGUCCUGCUCAGCUUCUUCAUGGCCAGAGUGUUCAUGAGAAUGAAACUGCCUGGGUACCUCAUGGGUUGAAGAUGGACACAACACAUUACGAAGACAGAAUGGCGAAGGACUGCCAAAGGUUUAAGCUUCGAUUGAUUUAAGCUGGCCUAAAACGUUACGAUAAUACAGAUUUAAAUUGCAAAUGAAGAAUUGACAGUAACAUUUGUCCCUGGCAAUAAGCCUUUGACCAUGUUUGAGUGAUGUAUUAAAUGUCACAAUGUGCAUCUCAAUAGUCAAGAGGCUUCCUAUCCUUGUCUCCUUUCCUUCCACUUAAAUGGUGCGAUGGAAUUCCCUUACAGGCUGUAUUGCUAACCUGUCUUCAGUUCAGUAAUGCAGAUGGCGAGAAUAUGUGGAGACAAAGCCACUAUAGACCAUUGAGAUGCACCCAUUGGAAGGAGGGACACUUUCCUGAUUAUAAAUCUGAAUAAGCAGUAAAUUUGUGGGUUGUUGGGGUUAUUGAUAAGUAAUGUUUUAUAGACCAUUCUACCUUCCUAAAUGCCUUCCAACAUGUCACUUGUGUGUCUAUUAGGAACUUAAAUAAAUGUUAUUUCCAGAAA